AUGGCAUACUCCACCGGGACUCUGGCACAAGGCUGCUUCGGUAAAGUUUACCGGGAGAAGUACAAUGACACGUGGGCCGCCAUAAAGAAGGUUCCGCAGCACCUCAUCGACAGGAAGGACUUGGAGAGGGAGUGUGAAGUAUACAACAAAGCUAAUCAUCCGAACAUUGUAAAGCUGCUGGGCAACAUCAACCUCAAAGACGGCAAAUGGAUCAUUCCGUUGGAAUUCAUCUUCGGAGAAGAUCUGGAGACUACUAUCUUCAAGUCAGCAAAGUCCAAAAUACAGCUGACUCCGGCAAAUCGAGGCAAAAUCAUCGUAGGCAUGUGUGAGGGUCUCCUGCACCUCCACUCCAAAGAUAUCGUCCAUCAAGACCUCAAGCCCGAAAACAUCAUGGUGGAACACAACACCAACCGAGCCGUAAUCAUUGACCUGGGCCUGGCUAAGUUCUUCCGGCGUGGCUUGAAUUCGGCGAUGGACAUGGGCAAUGAAGCCUACUCGGCCCCCGAAGUUCUCCGGCGCCGCAGCCAACGGGACCAACGCUCGGACGUGUGGGCCAUGGGCAAGAUCAUCGCCGAACUUUGCGCCCGCAUGAGGUUGCAUACGCCCAGCGUAUGCCCGGCCAAGGUCCGGGAAGUGAUGCACGAUCAGCCGUACUGCCAGGCCGUAUGCAGGAUGGUGGAGAGCAACCCUACUCUAAGAUCCUCUAUGGUGGGCGUCAUCGUUGACCUGAGAAGCGCCGCGGGGUCUCAAAGUCACCUCACACCGCCACAGGGUCAGAUCAGGAACCGGUCGGCGUCGCCUCCGGGUCGGAGAGCGGCGUCGCCAGGUCGGAGAGCAGUGCCUCCAUUCCAAAACCGGCCAGCCCACUCUCCAAAGGGUGGAUCUCCACUAGGGUGGGAGCGCACUCCCCGACCGGACAUUAAAUUGGCCCACCAACGUCCCAGACAACCUCGCUCGCUCUCCCCUCUGAGGAACCAAGCGUUGGUCCCCAAAGCGGGAGGCCUUGGAAUGGGUGGCAUUGGCGGGCGAAUGGACUUGACCAGGGACAUGAUGAAGAUGGGAUUAUACCAGGAGGCCAAUCGCGACCUGCCAUGCCAGCUACCCGCCACCGGCCGGGUGAUGGUGCGGCGUUUUGAGGAGAAGAACGGCGAGGUCGAAAAGUGGGCACAGAAAGAGGUAGUCAUGCGGGACGGCAAGAUCAUCAAGUACAAGGACGUCACUUUUAACAGUUCUUAG